UUGCUCGUUAGAAUUUAAUUUCGGUGUCUAAAAUCUUUCCGACUUGUUGUAGAUAACGUUACAGAAACAUACUAUCCGCUGCGGGCUAAUUUUCAUACAACUGUGUCUACCUAAACACAGGCGUGCAGUUGCAGUUGUGUUCCAAAGACAAAAUCAGCCAUGUUUUUGAGUUCUCCUUCCUGCACGUUCUUAUUCAUCAGCAGGGUUAUUGUUGGUACAUCAUCAUGACGCUGUGACUGAUUCUCUGUCUUAACAAACACAAAUAUGGCAACUGCCAAAAAAGGUUCCUCUAAGGCGGGGGGCAUUCGCUUUGCUGAAGCAAAUGCUGCUGCUGCUGCUCACUCCCAUGUGCACUUUGAUGAGAAGCUGCACGACUCUGUUGUCAUGGUGAUUCCUGAGUCUGAUGGGAACUUCUUGGUUAAGGUGGGCUUCCUGAAGAUUCAACACAGGUAUGAAAUUGUCUUCACGCUGCCAGAGGUUCCAGGGCUUGGGGAUGAUGUUUGUCCGGCUCCUGUGCCCAACCCUUACCUUCAGAUUAAAGAUCUUACUGCAGCCCCUAGCGGAGGUUUAAAGGUGAUGUGUGAGUAUGUGGCUCACAAGGAGGGUGUGCUGUGUGAGGAGAUGCUAAUACUCAGUGAAAGCAAAGAGGAUGUGUGCCUGAAGGUGAAAGUUCACGCUCGUGUUAUGGAUCGACAUCAUGGGACACCUAUGUUAUUAGAAGGGGUACGAUGUGUUGGAGCAGAGCUUGAGUAUGACUCAGAGCAAAGUGAUUGGCAAGGAUUUGACUAAUUGGUGACCUGUUCCUCUCAGAUAUUCUCACUGAUAGUGUAAAUGUUGGAAUAAACACACACACACACACACACACACACACACACACACACACACACACACUGUAUAUUUACAGUACUGUGCAAAAGUCUUAGGCACCCUGUUUAGUAAAAAUUUUGUUUAAUGUUUAUAGAUGUUUUAUGAGUUCUGCAUUACUGAAUCAGUACAAAAAUAUUUUAUAUUUCCAAACAUUACUUUUCCAACAAAAAAAUUAAAUGUUAUAGAAGAAUGUUUGUAUACCAGUAAAGAAAGCAACAUAUUACGUAACAGACCACUUUUCAGACAAAAAAUAUAAUGAGGACUGCUGUCUGUGGCAGAUUCUCCAAGAUGCUCAGUAAAACUUACCAGCCAAUUUCCUUAUAAAACUGCGCAAAAUGUACAAUGAGAUUACUGAUGCUUUUUUUUCUAAAGUAAAUGGUUAUCACACCAAAUAUUGUCUUUUUUUUUAGUUUAUUACUGUUUACUGCUCUUUAUAGAAUUGUUUUGUUAAGAAAUGUUUAAUUUCAUCAUUUCUGAAAGCAUAUUUGCUUUACAGCAGUUUUUUGCAUAUACCUAAUACUUUAGUACAGUACUGUCUCUGUGUGUGUGUGUGUAAUAUAUAUAUAUAUAUAUAUAUAUAUAUAUAUAUAUAUAUAUAUAUAUAUAUAUAUAUACACACACACACACACACACACACACACACUUGUGUGUAUAUAUACGUGUGUGUGUUCAGUGGGGUCCAUAAGUAUUUGGACAGUGACACAAUUUUCAUCAUUUUGCCUCUGUACUUCGCCACAGUGGAUUUGAAAUGAAACAAUCAAGAUGUGAUUGAAGUGCAGACUUUCAGUUUUAAUUCAUGGUGUUUUACAGAAAUAUUGCAUUAACUGUUUAGGAAUUACAGCCAUUUUUUACACAGUCCCUCCAAUUUUCACAGGCGCAGAAGUAAUUGGGCAAUUGACUCAAAUGCAGUUUCAAAUGGUGAACAGGUGUGGCCUGUUUCCUCAGUAUUUCAUGACAAAUUAAGGAGUAGAUAAAAGCUGUGGGGUUGAUUCCAAGUGUUGAAUUUGCAUUUGGUAGCUAUUCAUGAGAACUCUCAAUAUGUGGUCAAAAGAGGUGUCAAUGAAAUUGGCGGAGGCCAUCAUUAGGCUGAAAAAAAAAAAGUAGACAUAUCAGAGAGAUAGCAGAAACUUUAGGAGUGGCCAAAUUAAUAAUUUGGUACAUUCUUAAAAAGAAGGAAUGCACUGGCGAGCUCAGCAGCACUAAAAGGCCUGGAAGAUCAUGGAAGACAACUAAAGCGGAUGAUCGCAGAAUUCUUUCCUUGGUCAAGCAAAAACCCCUUCACAACAUCUAGAGGUUUGCACCUCAAAAUGCAAACCACUGGUAACACUCAAGAACAGAAAGGUCAGAUUAGACUUUGCUAGAAACAUCUAAAAAAAAAAGCCUGCCCAGUUCUGGAACAAGAUUCUUUGGACAGAUGAAACAAAGAUUUACUUGUAUCAGAAUGAUGGUAUGAGAAGUGUAUGGAGAAGGAAAGGAAGGGCUCAUGAUCCAAAGCCAAGGGAACUAGGUCACUGGAGUUUAUUGAUGAUGUGACUGCUGAUAGAAGUAGCAGAGUGAAUUCUGAAGUGUAUAGAGCUACACUGAAAACCAUAACAAAUUGACUGUGCUCAAUUGAUUGAGUAAACUCAUUCCCUCAAUUUAAUUGAGUAAUGUGGUCUCCCAAAACUUGUAUAUUUAAGUUCACUUAAAUAUACAAGUUUUGUAAGACUGUAUUACUCAGUUAAAUUGUAUAUUUAAGUUCACAUAACUUGGUGUUCAUUUCAAGUGUACUUAAAUGCAGGGAGUCCCAAAAGUCUCCACAUGUAGGGGAAAUUAACACUUUUUAGCAAAAUGUGACUUUAUUUACAAAACAUACUCUACAUGAUUGCCAUUUCUUUGUAAACACACAUAGAGUCAUUUCUCCUACUUAUGGUGAACUCUAGAACGUCACUAUACGGUACCAGCAACAGAGAAGAUGAAGAGGAACAUCUUUUCAUUUAUCGACCAAUCAGUACAUUAGUUCUCUUGUUGCUAGGCAGAACUCCUUGCAUGGCCAAUCACAUCAAAGAAAAACCAGAGUGAGCUAUUUUAACGAAUCAUGAUUUUGAGUUCAUAACACUUGAAAUCUUAAGUUUAUGUCUUUUGUGGGUAAAUAAGUUAAACAAGCUUAGAUUUUUGAUUUAUGGGUACAAAAAUGCAACAUUUCAAGUGAUGUUUAGUCAUGAUUACUUGAUUGUUUAAGUAAAGACAACUUUAGGGUUUACGUGCUUCAAAACUGAUAGGAUGGCGUUUCACAGUACAGAUGGAUAAUGACCCAAAACAUACCGUGAAAGCAACCCAAGAGCUUAAGGCAAAGAAAUGGAGUGUUCUUAAAUGGCUGAGUCAGUCACCUGACCUCAACCCAGUUGAGCAUGCUUUUCACUUACUGAAGACAAAACUGAAGGCAGAAAGACCCACAAACAAGAAACACCUGAAGGCGGCUGCAGUAAAGACCUGGCAAAGUAUCUCAAGGGAGGAAACUCAGCAUUUGGUGAUGUCCAUGGGUUCUAGACUUCAGGCAGCCAUUGACUGCAAAGGAUUUGCAAAGUAUUAAAAAUAUUCCUUAUAUUGAUAAUUAUGUUAAUUUAUCUAAUUACUUUUGAGCCUGUGAAAAUGGAGGGGCUAUGUAAAAAAGGCUGUAAUUCCUAAAGGGUUAAUGCAAUAUUUUUGGUAAUCCCCUUGAAUUACAUCUGAAAGGCUACACAAGGCUUCAAAUCCACUUUUGUGGUGUACAGAGGCAAAAUUACCAAAAUUGUGUCAUUGUCCAAAUACUUAUGGACCUGAGUGUAUAUGCAUACACAUACACACAUAAAUACACUGUGGUUUUGCUUGCAUGCUUGUCACUGUGCUAACAGGCUGCAUUUUACUAAUGUUUUUUUGUUUGUUUGUUUUUUUGUUGUAUUUUUGUAGUUUUCGAUCAUUUUAUAUUUUUCAGUGUGACUUAUUACAAACAGUCCACUUCCUCUACUGUUUACAGUUCCAGUAGGGGGCAUUAUUGACUACGGAUUUGACAGCUAACACAGGUAUGUGGCUGAACAGCCAUUAUAGACAACCAUUGCAUAAUUGGGGCACAGGCUGGUCCCAUAAAAACAGUAAACAUAUAUUUGCCUUUUCUUUCUUUAUUUUUUUUUUGGUAAUUAGUCAACGUAAUUGAAAUGGUCAUUUCAGUGUAAAACUGCUUAACAUAACUUCUCCACAUUGUUUAUAUUUAGUAGAAAAGGAUUCUAUAAACAAUGGGCAGUACUGCCUCUUGUACUUCACCUGGUACACAUUAAGGGCUUAUUCAUUACAUAAAAUUUAGUACUACUUUUUAUAUUUAAAGUUAGUGGUUUAUAUUAAUUUAAGUAAGCCUAAGUGCCUAAGUCAUUUGUUCUCUCAUUUCUACAAUUUUCCACAAGGCCCAGUAACUGUCUUGUCUCCAGUUAAUGCAAAAUGUCUGAGGCCUUACUUAUGCAUAGUAAAGUGAAAUUUUUUUUUUCUAAAAUCAGUGUCUCUACUUUAAUGGUUAUCAGAGGUUCUUGACUGUGAAUGCAUGUCAUUUGUGCAACAUUAUUCUUCAAAGUGAGAUAAUCUGGAGUGUGUGUGUUUGUGUUAAUGUUUUUUGGAAUGUGGUGGUACCUGUAAAUUUUAUUUGUUCUGCAAAAACAUCUGGUCUGGUGUAAAUACAAACCUGCGGUCAUUGAAAUGUGUCUACUGUUAUUGUUUUUUUAAUCAAAUAAAGAAGAAUGUUGACCUUUUGGAUCCUCAGUA